GAAGAAGUUAUGCAUGAGAACUUCUCAGCCUUUUCGGUAAUUUCAACCUCAUGAUAUUUCCAAAGAUUUGGGGUUCUUUUCGGAAGACUCUCCGUUGCUGUCGCGGGAUGUCGUAUCGAGUUUCCUCAUCCUUGUCUGGAAGGCGAGAGUGAAAACAAUGCAUCUGGAAUCGAGUGGGCGAGAGAAGACAGCUCUGUGAUACAAAUAAAUCCCAAAAGUGAGAGAUGCUCGCAAAGAAAAAAGCACUUCCAUGUUUAUCGGCGAAAGGCCAAACCCCACACGUCUUUUCCCUCCCUACCUUGGCCUGCUUAGGGAAUUGUGCGCGACGGAGGGUGGGACCAUUGCGCCAUGGUCUUCUCUUGCUUCAUCUCCAAGCAAAAUUUGUUUAUGUCCUCAAGGUAGUUCUCAUCGAAUUGUUGCGAGCCAAGCGUGAGACAUGGAGAAAGAUUCACUCCUGCAAUGAUGCAUGCAGUGACUUUCAGGACUUGGGGCGCUACUAAAGAGAAUGGAACGGGGAAAAUAGAGGUGCGGCGGGAAAGCGGGAAAGUGAUAUUUUCCACUGUCUUUAGGGUCUUUUAUGCAAAGGCAUUUUAAGUUGUGAGCGGAAAGAAAAAAGGCGACGCAUUGUAUGUGAUGGACGAUCGCAAAAACCAAAAUACAAUUGUGCAAGUUGGAUGUUUAAUUUUGCUUUUAUCGUCGAUCAAAUGAUCUUUAGAAGCAUUUAAACCAAAUUUAGAAGGGCACUAGGAAUGAGUGAUCCAUUAAUUGUACUGUAACAGAAUUUGGUAAACGAACUUGCUUAGACG